AUGGCGACCUCUCAGCGCGUUGUCAUCAUUGGCGCUGGCAUUGUUGGCACCAACCUCGCCGACGAGCUCGUCUCACGCGGAUGGAAAAACAUUACCGUGAUUGAGCAGGGCCCGUUGAGCAUGCCGGGUGGCUCAACUUCGCAUGCGCCCGGCCUAGUCUUCCAGACAAACCCUUCCAAGACGAUGACCUUGCUCGCAAAGUACACAGUCGAAAAGCUGCAAGCACUCGAGAAGGACGGACAGAACUGCUUCAACCAGUUGGGCGGCCUCGAAGUAGCAACAACGCCAGAAAGAUUGGAGGAAAUCAAGCGCAGGCAUGGCUACGCACAGUCAUGGGGGAUUGAGGCACACUUGAUCAGCCCAGAAGAAUGUCUUCAGAAGUAUCCUCUUCUCAACAAGGAAAUGGUACUCGGCGGCUUGCACAUCCCCAGCGACGGCCUAGCGUUAGCAGCUCGCGCAACCCAGAUCCUUAUCGAAAACACUCGCAACGCCGGCGUAAAGUACCUUGAACACACCGUCGUCACGAACAUCGAGCAAGCGAACGGCCAAGUUACAGGAGUAACAACGAACAAGGGCUCAGUCCCAGCGGACAUUGUUGUCUCAUGUGCGGGCUUCUGGGGUGUAGAAAUCGGGGCUAUGGUCGGAUUGAAGGUCCCACUCCUUCCUCUGGGGCAUCAGUAUGCAAAGACGACAGCUGUCCCAGGUCUCGAGAACCGUGAAGUCAACAAGAAGAUCAACGCCAUGAACGCCGAACUUCCGAUCCUCCGUCACCAGGACCAGGACCUGUACUACAGAGAACACGGAGAGCAGUUUGGUAUUGGCUACUAUGGCCAUCGUCCAAUGCCCGUGAAAGCCUCUACGCUGGGCGUGACACCCGAACACGUCGACGAAAAGAACAUGCCCUCUCGUCUGGACUUUACACCAGAGGAUUUCGAGCCAGCGUGGAAGGCGACCAAGGAGCUACUUCCAGUGCUACGACAAACUGAGAUUGUAGACGGUUUCAACGGAAUCUUUUCGUUCACACCGGACGGCGGAUCUGUGGUUGGACAAGCUCCCAAUCUCGACAACUUCUGGGUCGCCGAAGCUGUAUGGGUCACGCACUCAGCGGGUGUAGCUCGUGCCGUUGCCGAGACGCUCACGGAAGGUCGCUCGACUGUCGACAUAGCUGAGUGUGAACUCACACGGUUUGAGGAGGUCCAGCUCAGCCCAGAGUAUGUGAGCGAGACUUCGCAACAGAACUUCGUCGAAAUCUAUGACAUCAUCCAUCCUCUCGCACCGAAGGAGAACCCACGAAAUCUUCGUGUCAGCCCCUUCUAUGCUCGGCAGCAGGAACAAGGCGCAUUCUUCCUUGAGGUUGGCGGCUGGGAACGCCCACACUGGUACGAAGCAAAUGCGGGGUUGGUCAAAACUUUGCCAGAGGCUUGGAAACCUGUCGAUCGAGAUGCUUGGUCAUCCAAGUUUUACUCGCCUAUUGCGGCGGCAGAGGCCUGGAAGACCCGGAACGCUGUAGCAUUGUACGACAUGACCACUUUCCACCGAUUCGAGGUAUCUGGUCCUGGCGCAGUCCACUUACUCCAGAGACUCACGACUAGCGAUGUUUCCAAGCAGCCUGGAUCCAUUACUCACACAUUGCUCGUCAACACUCAUGGUGGCGUAUUGAGUGAUAUCUUCGUAUCAAGACUUGAGGAAGAUGUGUUUCAAGUGGGUGCAAACACCGCCACUGACCUUGCCUACCUCGCGCGCCAGGCUCGUGGUCAAGUCAAGCACACGCCCGGCGAAUGGGCACAGGUUCGCGACAUCACUGGCAGCACCUGUUGCCUCGGUCUCUGGGGCCCAAGAGCCCGCGACGUUAUCCAAACGGUCAGCUCGGACGACUUCAGCAACAGAGGACUACCCUACAUGGGCGUGAAGAAGACGAGCAUAGCUGGCGUGCCUGUUACGAUAUUCCGAAAGUCGUUCGUAGGAGAGUACGGCUGGGAGAUACAGACUACACCCGAGUACGGCCAGCGCCUUUGGGAUAUUCUAUGGCAAUCAGGCAAGCCUCAUGGGCUCGUCGCCGCCGGUCGCGCCGCCUUCAACGGCCUCCGAAUCGAGAAAGGCAUCCGAGCCUCCGGGUCCGACAUGACCUCCGAACACAAUCCCUGGGAGGCCGGUGUAACGUACGCGAUACAGAUGGACAAGAAGGCAGACUUCGUUGGCAAAGCUGCGCUGGAAAGCCUUUCGAAGAAGGCUGCACCCCGUAGAUUGAGAUGUCUAACGGUCGAUGACGGUCGGUCCAUGGUGAUGGGCAAAGAGCCUGUCUUUGUGGAUGGGCAAAGAGCUGGCUAUAUUACAAGCGCUGCUUUUGGCUAUACAGUGCGUAAGCCAGUCGCAUAUGCUUGGUUGCCCAGCAAUGUUAGCGAAGGGAAGUCAGUAGAGAUUGAGUACUUUGGCAAGAAGAUCAAAGCCACAGUAACUCAAGAUCCAUUGUACGACCCUCAGGAGCGUCGCCUACGCGGUGAAGGCAUUUCGACCGAGCCAGAAUUACAGAAGAGGUUGAAGUCUCUCCUCUAG